AACGAGCCGUCAAAUUGCGCUUGUCAUCCGUCCACCGGAUGCGUGCGCAAUAUUCCCUUGAUUUUGUGGAGUUUGGUGUGGACAUUUGUGUAAAAGCGAUGGGAUUGUUCGUAUAAACGCCAAUUGUAUGUUUAAAGUUGUUUUUAAUUUUGUUUCUUCUGUAGUUAACGUUUCAGCUGAAAACAAAAUUUUGGUGUCUGUGUAUACUUUUUUUAUAAAUUCGUCGUAAACGAGAAACAGUUGUGAACGGAUCAAUCGGUAAUUUACUGUAUUUUUCGCCCAGUGCAAUGCGAUGUGCCCAAUGGGUGUCUGUUAAUACAUAAUAAAUAUAAAAAGCAGUUGUGCCGUGAGCAGCCACACGUGGAUGUUAGCGCCUUACACAAAUACCUCAACGAGAUCGCGCCGCGCAGCCGCCCUUUGAGUCGGCGGUGCGGCUGCGCAGGAGUAGUGUGAGGGGGUAAAGCGCACCCUGGAGCCGCCCAGGGAAAUCUUGGUGCGGUGGGCGCGGCGGCACAAUGGACGACGGAGGCAGCAACAAGCAGCGUCAGGCCACGCGAGUCUUCAAGAAGAGCUCGCCGAACGGCAAGAUAACCGUAUAUUUAGGGAAAAGAGACUUCGUAGACCAUAUCACACAUGUAGACCCAAUUGUUUCUGAUUUUGUUAUAGACGGAGUAGUUUUAAUCGACCCAGAGUAUGUAAAGGAUAGGAAGGUGUUCGGGCACGUGCUCGCCGCCUUCAGGUAUGGGCGGGAGGAUCUUGACGUGCUCGGGCUCACCUUCCGUAAAGACCUCUACCUCGCUGCCGAACAGAUAUACCCACCGACGAGCACUCCAAAGCGACCGCUCACACGGCUGCAAGAGCGUCUCGUACGCAAGCUCGGUCCAGCAGCUCACCCCUUCUACUUCGAGCUGCCACCGCACUGCCCCGCCUCCGUCACGCUGCAGCCCGCCCCCGGGGACACCGGCAAGCCCUGUGGAGUCGAUUAUGAACUGAAGGCGUUCGUAGCAGAUUCGCAAGAUGAUAAGCCUCACAAGAGAAACUCAGUCCGUCUAGCGAUCAGGAAGAUAAUGUACGCGCCGAGCAAACAAGGGGAGCAGCCGUCCGUGGAGGUAUCGAAGGAGUUUAUGAUGAGCCCUAACAAAUUGUACCUGGAAGCAUCUUUAGAUAAGGAAUUAUAUCACCACGGCGAGAACAUCGCCGUCAACGUGCACAUAGCGAACAAUUCGAAUCGUUCCGUGAAGCGUAUAAAGGUCUCGGUGCGUCAGUUCGCCGACAUCUGCCUCUUCUCCACCGCGCAGUACAAGUGCACCGUCGCAGAGGCGGAGAGCGAGGAAGGUUGCCCCGUUGGUCCUGGAUUCACACUAAGCAAGGUGUUUACUUUGACGCCGCUUUUAGCGAAUAACAAGGAUAAAUGGGGGCUCGCUCUCGACGGUCAGCUCAAGCAUGAAGAUACAAACCUUGCUUCUAGCACAUUAAUCGCAGAUCCAUCUCAGCGCGAGAAUUUAGGCAUUAUAGUACAAUAUAAAGUUAAGGUGAAAUUAUGUCUCGGACCUCUCGGUGGCGAGCUGAGCGCGGAGCUGCCCUUCAUCCUGAUGCACCCGAAGCCCGAGGAGGAGGCGCCGCGACCCGCGCCCGAGCCCGCGCCGCUCGACCACGACCUCAUACAGCUCGACCCGCACCCAGACGAAAACGGGCAGGAGCAAGACGAUGACAUCAUAUUCGAGGACUUCGCGCGACUGCGGCUCAAGGGCGCCGACGCGGACGCCUGAGCGCCCCCCCCACAACCCCCGCGGUACCCCUUUGUAACUUCUCUUUGUUAUGUGGAAAUAUAUCAUAGGACGUAACGAGUUUCUACACGUAUACCGGAUUAUAGGACAGAGGCGAUUAACCCACGCCGAGUACGAAGCGUAGUAUGAGCUUGGAUGCCGGUUGAAUGAGACGUUGUAAAGACGAUUUGCAUGAUUUUUCCCGAUCCCUGUACAGUGUAAAUGUUGAUGUUUUAAACGUCUUAUCAAACUUUUUAAGUUAUUAAUCAUAAUUAAAAAGAUCAAUGUUUUCAUAAUUCAAAGAAUUUCAAUUCCAACUCUAUAAUACAUUCGUAUGAUUUUCGAUUCCUUCGUGUGGGUGACCUUGCUUUGCGCGGAUUUGAAUUUAAUAAAGAAAUGGACUAAAUGAAAUUAGGAGCCUCGUCGAGGGUGCGAAGUAUAAUCGUAUUGUUAUGAAAACUUAAUGUAACAUUUGGUGUAUAUUAUAUGUGAAAUUUUAUUUUAAAUAGGAUUAUUGAUCAAAUACGUGAGUACAAGUUUAGGUUUUACUUGUUUAUGUUAAUUUACAAAUCAUUGUCCAUCGAGUUUGUUCGUUCGUUAGGGAAUCAUAGUACAAUGUGUUUGGUAAUGUGCAUUUAUAGAAUAAACAUGUUUUGUACCUUAAUGUUAUUUACUUCUGGGUAGCGGUGUAUUAUGUAUUGAUGGGUAAAUAAUAUUUGGGCUUGAUCAAAUUGUAUGGAAUUAAAGGCUAUUUUUGUGUGGCAAUUUAUACUUAUAUGUUUAAGCACAAAAAUAUAUUGUCUAUAAAUGAUAAUGUAAUUUAUGUAUAAAUAUUUUCUCUGAAUAUCAUAAAUGUAAAUGUUCGGUGUAAAUCACGUUUUACAUAAUCGUUUAUAAUUAACGAUUGAUGAAUAAAUUGAAUACUAAAAAUAAUAGUUUAUUGUUUAUCUUACUAAGUUUAUUUUGAUCAUAAAAUUUCUAUAAAAACGUGAGUUUGUAUUGAUGAACACAAAAUACGCAUGAACUAGUUCUGUUUACACAUUGAUUGCAUUUUGAAAGUCUCUGUGAAGUAUAAAUGAUAAUUUUUUUUAUUGUAUGUAAAGAAAUAGUCUAUGUUUUACUAGUAACAUAAGCUGUCGGCGCUCGAUGACGCCGUUCUUCUGAUACCAUUGUCUUAUAAAGACUACGACUGUGAAUUUAUACAUUUGUUUUCUUUCUGUACAGUUGAUAGUUUGUAAUGAUGGCGUGUUUACUUGUAGACUAGCUUUGUAAUGCACAAAUUAUUUUACUAUUCAUGUUAUAUCUGCAUAGGGAACGAGUAUUUUAUUUUUAUCAACUAUAAUUUUCCUUUAAUUCGCAUUUUUAAUUAAUCAGCCGCCUACAAUCCCGAUAUUAUAUUUUCUCAAUAUGGACCUGUGAGUGUUAUGAUCAGACGUUUUCUAUUUUGUGAUUUUUCUCAUCGCAGCUAUUUGUAGUGUUAUAAUGUAAGAACUAAUUUCAUACUGACAUUUUCGUGUCAUAUUACCUUUUGUAUAUUUUCGAAAUCAUUUAUAUUAUUCUGUUGUUGAAUUAAAAUUUAUUGUAGACUUUAUCCAAACCAUUAUGAUUAAGAUUUUAUUUUUAUUGAUGUUUACUAUUUGUUAUAUGUAAAGUGUUCGGUGGAUAUAGUAAUAUUAAAUAAAAUAAAUUGAAUAUUAAAUUGAAAUAAAAUAAUUUAAUACAUCUCGUCAAGCGAUGCAUCUUUAUUAGUAACGAUCCUCAUGUCACCUUCUGUCCAGAUCUCCUGCGUCGUGGAACUUCUCGUAGUAAGCGAUAAACAGGAGACGGAGGAGAUAAAUAAUGGUACUGGAUUGUCUGUGAAUUCAUAGAAGCAUCACGUGGUCUUCUCAAGGCGUUGUUAAUUAUGUUUUUGCUGACCCUAUCUGUUGCAUUUCUAAGUUAGACGGUAGUAAUGAGAACGUAAUGCACUUUUUUGCAAAGGAAAUAAUCUAACCUCUUUCUAUCCGACAGACGCGAAAGAUCCUGCUUGUAAAGUGUAAGAAGAUUCACUUAUCUUCCAAGGUCUUCUUUAAGUACGGAUCCCUUAUUACCCGUGGUUUAACAUCUGCAAAGUCACACUACUUGACCUCUGUUCCCGACCCAAGUUCGCUGAGUAAACUCUGGAUGAUCGUAUACGAUGUUGCAUGGUUCAUCUGUGAUACGAUAUGGCUUCUAGUGCGGAAGCCUUCUAGGAGCGUGAGAUUCGUCACCAAUGUCAUUCGCGGUUUUAACUUGUACCUAGGUCUUGUCAUCUCUCGGAAACAGCUGUUAAAACUCGUGUAUCAAUUUUUCUUCACCGGAUGCACUACAUUAACUCUUCUUCAUGGAAUCCAGAGAGGACUCCCCGCGUCACAGGAGGCAAAUUGCGUAUCGUAUGGGAUAUUCAUUUUGAAACGGGAAUAGGCUAUGGUUGUCAUGCUAUAGUUGCAAUAUUCUCCUCCUCUGAAAGAUUUAUGUCAAGUUUGUUUUUUACACUCUAUUCCUAAUCAAUACAUCCCGUAUGUUGUCUAUUGUGGCAAGUAUGUGUGCCAAGUGACAAGAAUCCAUCUUCCAACCACAAGUUAACCACUGUCUUGAAAGAGUACCUAUAGGUAGCAAAAGUAUGUACAGUUAAAAAUAGUCAUAUUUAAGCUCGGGGAACAAAGCGCUUUCGAUAGGUAACAAUUGUGAACGGACUAUGAAAGUGCUUGAUCAUUCCUGAAAAUAGAGGGCGAGCCAGUUUGCCGCGUGACCUUCAGCAGCGAUAGAAUUGCAUCCUCUCCGUCACAAACCUGCAAAUAGGAUCGCUACUAAUAAAUACGUGUCCCUUGUCGAUAUGUUUAUCGAAUUAUAUAAUUUUUAUUCUAAUAUUAUUGUAUUUGUCGAACAUUUCAUAACAAUUAUAUGUCUUAAUUAUUAUUAAAUUAAUAAUAUAACUAAGAUAUCAACAGAAAUAAUCUUAAUAAUAAUCAUGUUGAUAAAAUAUACAAUGACAAACAUGGACAUUUUAUACAUAUACAAUAAUAAAACUAAAUUUGGAAAUACACAAAAGACAAUGCGUUACGAAAUGAAAUAUGAAAAGAGUUUUAAGUUACCGUGCAACCUCAUUGCUAAAGUCUUGAUUCAGGCAUAAAGGAAGCUAGUUUGAAUGUACUGUUAGGUGAUUCGGCAUAUAGUAGUAUCCGUAAUAUAUAGACAGAUAGACCGAUUCAAGCGACCCUAAAUAUUGCGCGACUUAGAUAACACUCAAAUAUCAGUUACACUACAUCCAUUACAGACACUUCAGCAACCUGUACUCAGGCCAGAUAAAUAAAUGGUCAAAUGGUCUACAAUCAAAAUCUUUAUAAAGCGAUCAAUCUGUCACCGGAGACCAUGCCAAUGAUCAAAUAAGGUCAGAGCAUGAAGUUACCUAACUUUUUUAUUGUAGACCAAUGUAAGACCGGGGCGUCUUUGAAUGAGGAUGAUGUAGUGUAACUUAAAAAACUGCUUUCAUAUUAUUAUAAUAUGUAUAUAUCAUUUUAUAUAUAUAUCGUGUUAUUGUCUUUUGUAUAUUUUCAAAUUUAAUUGUAUUAUUAUGUUGUUAUGUAUAAAUUAUUAACACCAUUAUUAUUAAGAUUAUUUUUAUUGAUACUUACUAUUUGUGUUAUGUAAAGUGUUUAGUAAAUAUAUUAAUAUUAGAAUAAAAAUAAAUAAUUUAUAUAUAAACAUCUCGACAAGCUACGCAUCUUUAUAUCUAGCGCUCCGAGCGAGUCGGAGGCGCCUAUGCAGUCGAGGCUGUCCGAUCAUAACCGAAGGGCGCGGCAAACCUCGGCGCGAGAUCAUGCAUGCACUUUUAGUCCGCUCACAAACGAACGCACAUUGUAAAUAUUAUUCUUCAGUCUCGUCAUUCCUAUAAUUUUCUUAAAAACUAUUUUGAUCAAAUAACCUUGCAGCGGAAAAUAUGUUACUAUUAUAUUGAGUGAAUUGUAUUAUUAUUAUUUAAUAUUUAAAUGUUUAGAACAUGUAUAAAGUAUUUACGACUUAAUUAAUUCUGUAAUAUGAAAUAGAACAAAAAAAGACCAGCACUUAUAUUAUAGUUAGCCUAUGUUUAUCACCAGCUUUGAGUACUAUAAAAAUGCAAAAUUAAACGUAAUAUUAUUAAGAGGCUAGCCUGGCGCGUAAAAAUAUUAAUUUGAUACAAAUUUAUUGAUUAUUUUAUGAGAAGUAUAUUUUUAAAUGCUGACAAGCAAGAUUAUAAGUACACAAACGGUUGGUGUCCAUAGAGAUAAGCAAGCGUCGAACACAGAAAUGUUGAACAUAAAACGCGCAAAGCUACACAUUUGUUUUUUAAUUUUACAUCGAAAGUUUUUGAUGUAUACUUUUUCAAUAAAUAUGUAACCAAUAA